AUGAAACUGAGUGAUAUCAUGAAGGCUACUAACAACUUCAGUAAUACCAAUAUGAUUGGGACAGGAAGAACAGGAACUGUUUACAAAGCUGUCCUUGAUGAUGGCACGACACUUAUGGUUAAGAGAUUACAAGAAUCUCAGUACACUGAAAAACAAUUUAUGUCUGAAAUGGGUACGCUGGGUACUGUCAAACAUCGCAAUCUGGUUCCUCUUUUAGGUUUUUGCAUGGCCAAAAGGGAGAGGCUUUUAGUCUAUAAAAAUAUGCCAAAUGGAAUCCUCCAUGACCAACUUCAUCCUGCUGAUGGUGUGAGCACCCUUGACUGGACUACAAGGCUCAAAAUUGCAAUUGGAGCUGCCAAAGGUUUAGCAUGGCUUCAUCAUAGCUGCAAUCCCUGUAUUAUCCACCGAAACAUUAGCUCGAAGUGCAUGUUGUUGGAUGCAGAUUUUGAGCCGAAAAUUUCUGAUUUUGGCCUUGCCAGACUGAUGAACCCAAUUGAUACUCAUUUGAGUACUUUUGUAAAUGGGGAGUUUGGUGAUUUAGGUUAUGUUGCUCCUGAGUACACAAGAACUUUGGUUGCCACAACUAAAGGGGAUAUUUACAGCUUUGGAACUGUUCUUCUUGAGUUGGUGACAGGUGAAAGACCUACCAAUGUCUAUAAAGCUCCGGAAACUUUUAAAGGAAAUCUGGUAGAAUGGAUUACGGAGCUCACAAGCAAUGCAGAACACCAUGAUGCCAUUGAUGAAUCACUAGUCAGCAAGGAUGCUGAUAGCGAGCUUUUCCAAUUUCUAAAGGUUGUAUGCAACUGUGUCUCACCAACGCCAAAGGAGAGGCCCACCAUGUUUGAAGUGUAUCAGCUUUUAAGAGCUAUUGGGGGUAGAUACAAUUUCACAACUGAGGAUGAGAUAUUGGUACCUACUGAUAUUGGUGAUACUGAUAAAAUGGAGGAAUUUAUUGUAGCUCGAGAAGGAAGUUAUUGA